AUGUAUGCACACGACGCCUUGAAUCGAGACCAUUCUGGUCUCAACAUCUCUACGUGUGUGAAAGAACCAUCCCCGAGUACUUCGCUGAUUGCCUCGUCACGCUGCGCCGUCCCUCCACCUACCCGCCUGUCGUCGUCGUCGCAGUCUCCAAAGGAAUGCGACACAAGGACAUCUCUUUCGCAUCUCUCCCAAGAAGUUCCACUUCGUAUACAGCGGGCAGCCCAUGAUCUUCGGAAACCAUGCGCUCUCCACGCCCCGCGCAUCUCGCUCGAGGAAUGGCUUUCUCCGUCGACGACUAUCACCACACCCUACGUGCCAGCGUCAUCUACCGUGUCGAUUCAAUCCACUCAUACCCGCCACCCAUCUACCUCCUGGGUAUCGCCGGCCUCGACGGCGAUAUCUCUGAAACGCUCUUCACUUCCAACAGCGUUCGCACCUCCACCGCCGCAGCGUCCCGCGAUCCGACCGAGCAGAUUAUCGAGAUCUAGUCUACCACUAUCGCCAAAUCUAUCGGCAGCUGUCAUUAGUAACAAUGACUUUACAAGCUCCAUUCCAGACUCAUCUUUAAACCCCUCAUGUCAAAUACUCGACCGUUUUGAAGGGCUAAUCAACGCUAUAGACCGACAGUCAUUUAGUGGCAGGGAAAAUGACUUAGUGAUGAAUAUCCAUACGCAAAAAAGGCCGUCCCCCUCUAAACAGUAUUUUUUCUCAAAGGAUAAACUAUCAAAACACGCUGGCUUACCUACAAAAACACACCAAAUCAAUUUCUCCUCAACUGUGUAUAACUACGAGAACUCUCGACUACCGUCCGAUAUUUUGCCUUUACGCGUUACGUUUUCCAUAUGGCCAAUGCUUUACCUGGCCGCGCAAUUUUCCCAGCGCGCCUACAACAUGCCAUCGGAAGCAGAAAAAGAAACUUUUGUCGAAGCCGAGGUCCGCGGCGGGACCAAUGCCAUGGUUAUCAAAUCCGUUGUCCUCGAGCAUAUGGACCUAAUCGUUCUCUCAAUCAGAGGAACGAAUUAUACUGUUUUUAAACAGUGGGCUAGUGAGAUGACUCUGGAAUUGGAAUCACCGAUGGGAUUUCUUGAUGAUCCUGAGACCCUUUGUCACCCAGGCUUUCUAGGCAUGGCUCGGCAUAUGGUCAAGCCCGUUGCUCUCCGCUUACAACAAAUUCUUAAAGAAAACCCUUCUCUUUCGGCAGCUUCCCUAAUCAUUACAGGCCACUCCACUGGAGGCGCAAUAGCUAGUCUCCUGUACCUACAUAUGCUUUCUCGGACCAUCAAAUCCGAGCUUACAGCUAUUCGACAGGUUUUCGAUCGAAUACACUGCAUCAGCUUUGGUGCACCACCGGUCUCCAGUCAGCCGCUACACAAGCCAACUGCGAGGAGCUUUGAGAAUUGCCUGUUUUUCAGUAUUGCGAAUGAAGGGGACCCUGUCACCCUAGCUGAGAGAUCUUAUAUCCACUCUUUAAUCAGCCUUUACAGAGCACCCAUUCCUGCAAUACGUACGAACAACUUCGUCUUGCGUAAACUUAAAAUCUUCAGCUCCAGGGACCAGGAGAAAUCUAAUAUUAACAAAUCAACGUCUGGCUCCUGGUGCAAGCCAGCACCAACACUUUCACUGCCAGGAAGGCUGGUUCUGCUACGUGGAAGUACAAGUAAGAGCGGGAAAGAAACUGCACAGGCUCACCUGACAACAAAUGAGGAAUUGGCGAGCGUUGUUUUUGGUGACGUGAAAAUGCAUUCAAUGACGCUGUACCAAAAACGUGUCGAAAUUCUUGCUGCGGAGGCAGCGCAAGUGAAAUUGGAGCAUGGAUCUAGAGCCUAG